CUCUUUGGUCGGGAAAAGAAAUGUAUAAUCUUACUUUCUCUCCAUCAUUGUCCUCUUCUCUGCUCUCUUUUACACGACAAACUCCAGCCAUGGUGUCCUCUUCCCCGGCGGAUCUAGCACUUCAACAAAAACUCCGGUUUGUCCUGGAAACCUCACCGGACCGAUGGGCUUACAUCAUUUUCUGGCAUAAGAUGUUUGAUGAACCAUCGAACCGGUCUUACUUGGUUUGGGUUGACGGUCAUUUCUGUGGAAACAAGAACAACAAAUCCCAAGAAAAUUAUACAACUAACAGCAUCGAGUGUGAGCUGAUGAUGGACGGUGGAGAUGAUCUGGAGUUGUUUUAUGCCACAUCCUUUUACAGUGAAGAUGGGUCGCCGAGAAAGGAAAUAUUCGAUGAAUCUUUGGUUUGGCUAACCGGUCUCGACGAGCUCCGGUUUAGCAACUACGAGAGGGCUAAAGAAGCCGGUUUUCACGGGGUACGCACAUUGGUCUCCAUACCCAUCAACAAUGGCAUUAUCGAACUUGGUUCGUCUGAUUCAAUUAUACAAAACCGGAACUUUAUAAACCGGGUCCAGUCGAUAUUUGAGUCGGGUAAAACCCCAGAACACAGUAACCAAACCGGUUCUGAUCCUAAACCGGCGGAAUCAGAUCACUCAGAAAUCGGAAAUCGACAAUCGGGAUCGGAAAGAAAACGGAGGAGGAAAAUUGAGACGAUGGAUGUAGCUGUGGCGGCGGAAGAGAAACAUCAUCCGCCGGUUUUGUCCCACGUAGAGGCGGAGAGGCAACGGCGAGAGAAGCUAAACCACCGGUUUUACGCUCUACGUGCCAUCGUACCAAAAGUGUCACGAAUGGACAAAGCGUCACUCUUAUCCGAUGCCGUUUCAUACAUCGAAAGUCUUAAAUCCAAAAUCAAUGAUCUCGAAACUGAGAUCAAGAAAUUGAAGACGACGAUGACGACGGAGACAGAUAAAUUAGACAAUAACAGCAGCAAUACGUCUCCGUCUUCCGUUGAGUACCAAAUCAACCAGAAACCUUCAGAAUCAAACAGAGUCUCUGACUUGGAAGUGCAAGUGAAGGUCGUCGGAUACGAAGCCAUAAUUAGGGUUCAGACAGAGAAUGUGAACCAUCCAACGUCGGCAUUGAUGAGUGCGUUAGUGGAAAUGGAUUGCCGUGUACAACACGCGAAUGCGUCGCGCUUGAGUCAGGUUAUGGUUCAAGAUGUUGUCGUUUUGGUUCCAGAAGGAUUAAGAUCCGAAGAUAGGCUUAGGACCACACUUGUCCGAAACCUAAGAUCACUGAGCUAAGUUUAGUCAAUUACGAAAUUAAUUAAUUAUUUCUUU